GUCAGCUUCUAACGGUUAACGGAAAUUGGAAACGGAUACGGAGUGUUCAAAAGAAAGGAUUAAUAUACAAUUUACUAUAAGAAUAAUAAAGUAAAAUAAAUUUAUUUUAUUUUUGUUUAAAUAAAAAAAGUCUUUUGAAAAACUCAUCAAUAUGGAUAGCGAUGAGUUUCGUAAACGUGGUGCCGAAAUGGUGGAAUAUAUAUGUCAAUAUCUAGAGACUUUAAAUGAGCGUCGCGUUACACCAAGUGUAGAACCUGGUUAUUUGAGACAUCUACUACCAGCUGAAGCACCCAAGGAACCCGAAGAUUGGGAUAAAAUUAUGCAGGAUGUUGAGGAUAAAAUUAUGCCGGGUGUAACGCAUUGGCAGCAUCCAAGAUUUCAUGCUUACUUUCCGGCUGGCAAUUCAUUUCCUUCUAUAUUGGGUGAUAUGUUGGGUGAUGGUAUAGGUUGUAUAGGAUUUUCAUGGGCCGCUAGUCCUGCUUGUACGGAAUUAGAGACUAUAGUUUUGGAUUGGUUGGGUAAGGCUAUUGGUUUGCCAGAUCACUUUUUGGCUUUAAAGGAGGGUAGUACUGGUGGUGGUGUUAUACAGACUUCUGCCUCUGAAUGUAUAUUGGUCACAAUGUUGGCUGCCCGUGCUCAAGCUUUGAAACGUCUUAAGUCUCAACAUCCUUUUGUAGAGGAAUGUCAGUUGCUAUCGAAAUUAAUGGCUUAUUGCUCCAAAGAAGCUCAUAGUUGUGUGGAAAAAGCGGCCAUGAUAUCAUUUGUUAAGUUGAGAAUUUUAGAACCUGAUGAGAAUGCUAGUUUGAGAGGAGAAACCAUAGCUGAGGCCAUGGAAGAAGAUGAAUUGCAGGGUUUUGUACCCUUUUUUGUUUCCACAACUUUGGGCACUACGGGCUCGUGUGCUUUCGAUAACUUGUAUGAAAUUGGACAAGAAUUACAAAAUUCCCAGGUAUGGUUACACGUGGAUGCCGCCUAUGCUGGUAACUCUUUCAUAUGUCCAGAAUUAAAGCCGUUGUUAAAG